AUGGUAGUGAUCAUAGAAGAAGAAGCAAACAAUAUGGAAGAUGACGAAACAGAUUUGGAUAUCAUGCUAGUAAUGCUGGAUAACCUAGCAGGAGCCUCUACAACCCAUAUGAAUUGCAUUGAACGUCCUCUUUGUCGGCCAAUCACGAACAUUGGUUAUGAUUACAUUCAGAAAGCAUUGAAGGAAAAACCGGAACACUUUCGAUCUUUAUAUCGUAUGUAUCCAAGCUCAUUUCUCAAGCUGUGUGAUCUUAUUAGGGUGAAAACUUGUCUGCGAGAUACUCGCAAUAUAUGCGUCGAAGAGAUGGUGGCUACAUUUCUCUUAACUAUUGGCCAGAGUUCAAAAUAUUGUUACACAAUAGACACGUUCAAGAGAUCAGUAUUUGCCACUAGUGAGAACUUCCAUAAGGUUCUAAAAUCACUGAAUACUUUAGCGCCAGACCUGAUGGCGAAGCCUGAAGUGACAACAUGUGCAAAGAUAAGAGAGAGCACAAGGUUUUAUCCUUACUUCAAGGAUUGCAUCGGAGCAAUAGAUGGCACACAUAUAUUUGCAAUGGUGCCAAAAUCUGAUGUGCCAAGCUAUC